AUGGCGGCCCUAACAAGGUUCGUUUCCAAAUCAGCAGAGAAGGCCUUGCCAUUCUUCAAAAUACUCCGAGGAAAUAAGAAGUUUGAAUGGGGAGAAGAGCAGAAGCAAGCCUUCGAAAAGGUAAAGGAGCACUUCCAACGACUGCCCACCAUAACCCGGCCAGAGUUGGGGGAAAAACUGCAGCUAUAUGUGUCGGUAACCGAGAAGACGGUCGCGGCGGUAUUACUGGUAAAUCGGCAGGGGCAGCAAAGCCCCAUAUACUUUGUCAGUCACGUGCUUGCCGGAGCGGAGCAGAGGUAUGAACUGCUGGAAAAAAUGGCCUAUGCCGUCUUGAUUGCAGCAAGAAAGCUGAGACCAUACUUUGACUCCCACAUUGUCCAAGUCCUCACAAAUCAGCCUUUGGAAAAGGCCCUCCACAAACUAGACACCACAGGGAGACUAUUGAAGUGGGCAAUCGAGCUGUCGGAGUUCGACAUAGAAUAUCGGCCGCGUACCGCGAUCAAAGCCCAAGCUUUAGCAGACUUCAUAGUGGAGACAACCUACUCUGAACCAGUAGAAUCCACCGGCAGGUGGAAAAUCGAGGUGGAUGGAUCAGCAGCCCAGAGUGGAGCCGGAGCCGGAGUGGUUAUGACAUCUCCGGAAGGGGAAAUCUUUGAACAUGCCAUCCGCUUUGGGUUUAAGGCCUCCAACAAUGAAGCUGAGUACGAAGCAGCCCUGGCCGGACUAAGUCUGAGCAUUGCGGCUGGAGCAAGAAACGUCAUUAUGAUAACGGACUCACAAUUAAUCUCAAGCCAAAUUGAGGGGACGUAUGAGGCCCGAGAACCGGUAAUGCAGAAAUACCUACAUCUGGUAAAGAACAUGGUAAAGGGACUGCAAAGCUUCGAAGUACAAUUGGUCCCAAGAGCAGAAAACAUGGCGGCAGAUGCCCUAUCAAAACUGGCAAGUUCCAGUCUAAGUGACAAGAAAAGGAACGUCAGGGUGGAGACAUUGGUAGAAAGAAGUAUAGAAGUUGUCCCAGCGUCCGUCAACACAAUCACUACCGAACCAGAAUGGUAUGAGGGUAUACUGGCAUAUAAGCUCAAAGGUGAGCUCCCAGAAGAUAAGAUGGCGGCGCAAAAACUGAGAAGGGAUUCUGUCUGGUAUUGCAUCUUUCAAGGACAGUUGUACAAGAAAGGGUUCUCACUACCUCUACUAAGGUGCGUCACGGCCAACGAAGCGACAAAAAUAAUUGAGGAAAUUCAUGAUGGAAUAUGUGGGAACCAUAUCGGCGGUAAAGCAUUAGCACUGAAAGCGCUGCGAGCAGGGUUUUACUGGCCUACAAUGCUGACGGAUGCUCAAACCUACGUGAAAAAGUGCGAUAAGUGUCAAAGGUUCGCGCCAGUGAUCAACCAGCCGGCCAAUGAUCUCCAGCCGAUUUUAAAUCCAAUCCCUUUCGCGCAGUGGGAUGGACAUUAUAGGGCCCUUUACGCCGGCAUCCGGGGGAAGAAAAUUCUUAAUUGUGGGUAUUGA